AUGUCGGAAGCACAGCAGCUCCCCUUUGACUUCUACGCAUAUACCCGCUCAGCGGUCGCUGCCGCCGCUGCAGCUACCACCACGACCGCAGCAACCAUCAUCAACAGUGGCAUCGAUUGGGAGGGCACCAAUCCAGGAGGACCCGGCGGAGGAGGAAACAACAACGGCUCGGAUGGCAACCCUGCCAUUCCGCUCCCCAACCAACGAGCCUACCAGGGCCCCUGGCUCUCCCAGCAGCUCUCGCUCUCCAUCUUCAUCGGUCUCUCCUCAUUCUUCAUCUUUGUCAUCGUCCGACGUCGCAAUGCCGCCCUCUUUGCGCCCCGCACCAAGCUGAAGGGUUUCUCACCACUCGACAACGGCCACGACUCGGGCUACUUCGGCUGGAUCAUGCCCACGCUCAAAACCGAGGAGAUGCGCAUUUUGCAGACCGUCGGCAUGGACGCUGCUAUUCUCCUGAGCUUCUUGAAAAUGGGCUUUUGGCUCUUCUUCAGCCUGAGCUGCUGGAGCAUCUUGGUGCUGAUGCCCGUCAACUACUGGCAGAACGGCGUCCUGGACGGAGUGAGCCCCGCGGAGGAUAGGGACAACGCGACCGAUCCCUACUCGUCCAGGAACAGUGUUACAGGUGUCUGGACCGAGCUCAUCUUCGGUCCACUGAAGGAGAAGCAGCCUCACGGACCGCUGCCACAACUGCCGCUGCCGAGCAACCCGCCUCAGGCCCGAGUCUACCACGCAACGCACCUCAUCUCGACCUACCUCGUCACGCUCCUCGCCAUGCGCGCCAUCUGGAUCAACUACCAGCGCUUCGUCCGCUCCCGUCAACUGUACAUUCUCGAGAUCCUCGAGUCGAUCCCAGCUCGCACUGUCGAGGUUCGCGACCUUCCCGCACACCUACGCGACGAAAAGGCGCUCGCAGAGUACUUUGAGAACAUGGACAUGCCCGUCGAGUCCACCGCGGUCGUACGCAACACUGAGGGUCUAUCGAGACUGCUCAACCAGCGAUCGCAGGCGUUGCAACAACUGGAAAAGACCUGGGUCGGGUGGCUGGGCAAUCCUACCGAUGCGGAGGGCUACGAUCCCGAAAAGAUCAUGCUCCUCGCGGCAAGUGCCAGUCAAGACGAUGGUCCGACUUCGGACGUGACCGAUGAUCUGGUUAGGAUCAGCGUCGACGAGGAUCGUCCGAAUCGCAGCUCCAGCGGCGAUCUCGAGAGCACCCGUCUUCUCGGUGGCGGUUCACCCAGCGCAGGCAUGCUCGGUGCAGACUCGAUUCGCACCCAUCGACCUCGUCCUACCGUUCGCAAGCAGUGGUGGAAUCCGUUCAGCGACAAGGUGGAUGCUAUCGACGAGCUCACUCGCCGUUUCAACGCUGUUGAUCGAGCGGUCCGACGCCGACGCAAGACCGGUCGUUUCCCUGGUGGCAACGUGGGCUUUGUCACGUUCGAAAGCGCAGCAAGUGCACAGAUUGCCUCUCAGACGGUGCACUAUCCCAUUCCAGCCUACUGCUCAACCUCCAUGGCGCAGGAGCCGCGAGACAUCAUCUGGUCCAACAUUGACCUCUCGAACAACGACCGCAGGGUGCGACAGGUGCUCGUCUCGAUCUUCAUGGUCGCCGUGCUCGUCUUCUACAUCCCACCACUGGUGUUCCUUGCAAGUUUCGUCUCGCCCGGUGCGAUCAAGAAGUAUGCGCCCUGGCUCGACAGGCUGCUGGACACGGAUCAGAGGCUGAGGGCGCUGGUGACGAACAAUUUGCCUUCGCUCGUCGUCAUCGGGUUCAACGCCUUGCUGCCGCUCGUGCUCGAGUACUCGUCGUACCUGCAAGGUCUCAAGGCGAGGAGUCUGGUCGAGUACAGUCUGCUCAAGAAGUACUACCUCUUCCUCAUGGUCUCCGUGGUCUUCAUCUUCCUCAUCGCAACAACGGCGUGGGGAGUGCUGCAGGAGCUGGCCGAGAACCCCAUGCGCGUCAUCGACAAGUUUGCCGCCUCUCUACCCAAAGCGCGCUUCUUCUCGCUCUCCUACGUCAUCCUUCAAGGUCUCGCCCUGCAACCACUCCAACUCCUUCAGCUGCCCACCCUGAUCCUACGUGGCUUCUACCGCUUGUUCCUCACUCGCACACCACGCGAGUUCGCCGAGCUCAACGCACCCCCCACCCUCGCCAUGGGCAACGUCUACCCGCAAGCGCUGCUCAUCUUCACCCUCUGCAUCCUCUACUCGAUCGUCUCGCCCCUCAUCGUCAUCUUCGGCGCCAUCUACUUCGGCAUCGCCUACGUGGUCAACAAGUACAAGCUGCUCUACGUCUUCUACAAGCCGUACGAGUCUCAGGGGCAGGCGUGGCCGAUCUCGGCGAGUAGAUGCAUCUGGGCGCUGGUGCUGUUCCACAUUUUCCAGUUCUCGCUUUUCUCGGUGAGGAAGGAGUUGUGGAUGAGCACGGGGUUGAUCCCGCUGAUCCUGUUUACGUUUUGGUUCAACGGGCAUUUGGAGACGACCUUUGGGCCGCUGACGAACCAUGUGAAUCUGAGUAGCGUGGUGGAGGUGCUCAAGGAGAGCAGUGCGGAUCCGAGCGUGGCGGAGCUGGCGCAGAACGGCCCGCCAAGUGUCGCGCGCGCAGACCUGGGCGAUAAUGUUACCAGCACGGAUCCGUCCGCCGUCACUGCCGCUGGUGCUAGCAACACCGCUCCCAAAUCCGGCACCAUGACACCGAGCAGCAGCCGCAGCAAGCAACUACUAUCCCUCGAUCCGUCGCACAAGAUCGAUCGCGAGUUCACCAAGCUCGCUCUAGCCCGGUACAGUCACGAUGAGGAGGACGAGACGCUGUUCGUGGCGCAGCGCGAUACCAAGACGGACUAUCGCGAGCCUCCUGGUGCGGGCUACUAUCCAGGUGUGCUCAAUACGGGUCGUCGGCGAUAUGGUCAUCCGGCGAUCACGGGGAUUCUGCCAGAGCUGUGGCUGCCCGUGCCGAGUCACCGGUUGGAGGAGGGCGGGGAGGACGUGACGGCGCCCGAUGACCUCGAGGCGAACGCAACGGGUAUGGCGUCCGCUACAACCUCUGCGUUGGGUGCACCCCGAGGUGAACGCCAGGCGGAUACGAACAGCCUCAGUGGCACAGCAGCACGGAUUCGUGCUCGCGCACUGUCCAAAGCUGAACCGCUCAUUCUGUCGUUACGCAAACGCAAGUCGAGUCUGAUGUCCGGUCGACCACGCCAAGCCUCCUCGUCGCCCUCCCCGAUUUCUCCGGCUGGACAGAGACCUUCACAAGACGGCACAUCGGUCGACCGCGACUCACCCUCGGUGUACGCAGGCGAUGCGGAGAACGACUUUGGCGUGUGGUCUGAUGGCGUCUCUGGACCUCAGGGUAGCAGUUCAUCGGCUGCAAUCGGCGAGGCGCUUAGUGGAGGAUAUGCGGUUGCACCGGCCAGAUCGCACAUUCGCGCGGCAAGGAAGGGCAGGGAGGACGCAGAGAUCGGGGUCAACGAGGAAGACGACGAUGAGGAAGGCGUGUACAUUCAUCGCACCGCCACAAGGGGCGGCAGGUAUAGGAGGGUCAGUGGCGUGCCUGGCCCAGCCACGGGCGCGCCGUAUCACGAUUGA